ACAAUAAUUAUAUUAUUCCCUAAGGCGUUUCUGUAGUGUGAGGUCGAACUGUAUGGAUACCAAAAAUGGUUACCGAAAAUAAUUGCAAAGGAAAGCUCGGGACGAUCUCCGAACGCCUCGGCAACAGAUGCUAUGGGUUCGGCGUGCGGCACCUGCAGAGCGUGUGCAUGUGCCUGUGCAUGAUCUCGCUGUUCAUAGCGCGAGGCAGCAUGGCCGUCGCCGUGCUCGCCAUGACAGACCGCUCGCGCCUCAACAGCACCGACAUCACGAUAUACGAUUGGGACAAGAACAUACAGGGGCUGAUCCUGUCGUCGUUCUUUUGGGGAUACACAUUGAUGCAGAUCCCGGCGGGGCUGCUGGCCAAGCGCUACGGCGGCAAGCCCGUGCUGUUGGUGGCACUGCUUGCCAAUGGCCUCAUCUGCGGUUUGCUGCCCGUGCUCUCCUACAUCGGCGGAUGGCCGGUGGUGUGCGCGUGUCGCGUGCUGAUGGGUCUGACGCAGGCAUGCUUGUUCCCCGCGUCGCACACGCUGCUCGGCCGCUGGCUGCCUGCGCAAGAGCGCACCACACUCGCCGGCAUCAUCUACGGCGGCACGCAACUGGGAACAAUCAUAGCGAUGCCGCUGUCGGGUCUGCUGGCAGAGACAGCCAUCGGUUGGAAGCUGAUAUUUUACUCGAUAUCGGGACUGAUGUUUACGUCGGCCGCCGUGUGGUACUUCUUCUCGGCCAGCACGCCCGGUGAGCACCGCUUCAUGACGGAGUUGGAGCGGCAGUACAUAGAGCGGGGGCUGCACACGUCCGGGGGAAAGGUACUGCGCACGCCUUGGCGCCACAUCCUGCGCUCGCGCGGUCUCUGGGCCAUCGCCAUCACGCACAUCGGCUUCUCCUGCAGCUACGUCCUAUUCUUUGUCGACAUGCCCACAUAUUUGGAGAAAGGAUUGCACAUAUCGUUAAAGAAUAGCGCUUCGCUAUCGGCGCUGCCCUACGCGGGCAUGUGGCUGGGCAACAUCGUGUCCGCAUCCGUGUCGGAGAAGAUAUUUAACCGUGGCCUGCUCUCCGUUGGUACCUGCAGAAAACUCUUCAAUUCUGUCGCCUGCUUCGGCAUGGCCUUCGGUCUGGCGGGACUGUCCUUCAUCGGCAAGGAGCACGAGAACAUGGCUAUCGCAGUGCUGGUGGCUACUCUCACGCUCUAUGGUUUCAGCGCUGCUGGGUUUAUGAUGAGCCACCUGGACAUGUCGCCGAACUUCGCGGGCGUGAUGCUCUCUCUGACCAACUUUAUCGCAAACUUCGGCAGCGUGGGCACCCCACUGCUUACCAGCUUUAUCUUAAACAACGACCCCACGGAUUUAAGCCGGUGGCGCAUAUGUUUUCUUAUAAUAUCAUGUCUGUUAAUUGUCACCAAUAUUAUGUAUAUGAUAUUCGCGUCGGCAAAGUGCCAGCCGUGGGACGACCCCGACUUUGAAGAUAAGAAGUCUGCUGACCCAGAGGAGGUAACGCCAGCUUUAACAAGUUCUGCGAUACUAAAAGCAGAAGAGGCCAAGAACCACUGACACUGCUUUACCAAAAGCGUGCAAAAGACAUCGGACAUUCACGAAGGAACGACGACCUACUGCAGCCAGAUACUUCAAUAACAGAUACAGCGGAAAAGUAAACCACGACCUCGACUACAAGAAAUUGCGUGUCCUUUAUGCCUGUGAAUCCUAGCGAUUAAUAUGAUUAUAUCUAGUGAUUUAAACUU